CAAAUCAACCCCAUCACAAAAAUAAAAUAAAAAAACUGCAUUUUGCUGCAAAAAAAAAGAAGAUGAAAUCAAACAUAUCUUCUUCUUCUUCGCCUCAUAAUUUUAUUUUCCAACGGAAAUUCAAAUUCUCUAUGAGUUCGAAGAGUGACUGAGAACCACACAUUUUGUUUCUUCUCAUUGUUUAGCUGCAGAGGGACAAUAGGGUAAACGGAGAAGAAGAAGAAGAAGGUAUAACUGUAGAAGUAAAGUCGAAGCAUAUGCAGCAGCAAAGUCAACCAGAUUCCGCGAUGCAAGCUCAAUCUUCAGGCACAAGUAAUGUUAUCUAUCGCGAUGCCGUUAGCAAAGCUGUAGCUCAGUACACUCUGGAUGCUCGUCUCCAUGCCGUUUUCGAGCAGUCCGGGGAAUCCGGGAAGUCGUUCGAUUACUCCCAAUCUGUGAAGACGACGAUCCAGAGUGUCCCGGAGAAGCAGAUCACGGCUUACUUGUCGAAAAUCCAGAGAGGAGGUCACAUUCAGCCGUUCGGGUGUAUGGUUGCGGUGGACGAGCCCAGUUUUCGGGUCAUCGGGUACAGCGAGAACGCCCGGGAGAUGCUUGGUUUAACGCCGCAGUCAGUUCCGAGCCUGGAGAGGCCGGAAGUGCUCAUGAUUGGAACGGAUGUGCGGCACGUUUUCACUCCUUCAAGCUCGAUAUUGCUGGAACGGGCGUUUGGGGCCAGAGAGAUCACCCUGCUCAAUCCGAUUUGGAUCCAUUCCAAGGUCUCUGGGAAGCCAUUUUACGCGAUUCUGCACAGGAUUGAUGUUGGGAUUGUGAUCGACUUGGAGCCCGCUAGGACUGAGGACCCUGCCUUGUCCAUUGCCGGAGCUGUCCAGUCUCAGAAGCUCGCCGUGAGGGCAAUUUCCCACUUGCAGUCGCUCCCGGGCGGGGAUAUCAAGCUUUUGUGUGACACUGUGGUUGAGAGCGUGAGGGAGCUAACAGGCUACGACCGAGUGAUGGUGUAUAAGUUUCAUGAGGAUGAACACGGCGAGGUUGUGGCCGAGAGCAAAAGGACAGAUUUAGAACCUUAUAUUGGGUUACACUACCCUGCAACCGACAUCCCCCAGGCAUCCAGAUUUUUGUUUAAACAGAACAGGGUUAGGAUGAUUGCCGAUUGCAAUGCCAUCCCGAUUCGAGUUGUGCAAGACGAGUCCUUGAUGCAACCCCUAUGUUUAGUAGGUUCCACCCUACGUGCUCCCCAUGGUUGCCAUGCGCAGUACAUGGCCAAUAUGGGUUCCAUUGCUUCUUUGACGCUGGCAGUUGUUAUCAAUGGGAGUGACGAGGAAGCCAUAGGAGGAAGAAACUCAAUGAGGUUAUGGGGUUUGGUGGUUGGUCAUCACACUUCUGCAAGAUGCAUCCCUUUCCCCCUCCGUUACGCUUGUGAGUUCCUCAUGCAGGCUUUCGGUCUACAAUUGAACAUGGAACUCCAAUUGGCAUCACAGUUGUCUGAGAAACACGUCCUUAGGACGCAAACGCUGUUGUGUGACAUGCUUUUAAGGGAUGCCCCGACUGGGAUUGUUACCCAGAGCCCUAGUAUUAUGGACCUUGUGAAAUGUGAUGGGGCUGCAUUAUACUACCAGGGGAAAUACUACCCUCUGGGGGUUACACCUACUGAAGCUCAGAUAAAGGACAUAGUUGAGUGGCUAUUGACUUACCACGGUGACUCCACUGGGUUGAGCACAGAUAGUUUGGGUGAUGCUGGGUAUCCAGGCGCAGCCUCACUAGGUGAUGCCGUUUGUGGGAUGGCAGUUGCUUACAUAACCUCAAAAGAUUACCUUUUCUGGUUCCGAUCCCACACCGCGAAAGAGAUCAAGUGGGGUGGAGCCAAGCAUCACCCUGAAGAUAAAGAUGAUGGACAGAGGAUGCAUCCCCGUUCUUCCUUCAAGGCGUUCUUGGAAGUCGUUAAGAGUCGUAGUUUUUCUUGGGAGACUGCUGAAAUGGACGCAAUUCACUCUUUGCAGCUAAUCCUCCGUGAUUCAUUUAAGGAUGCCGAGGCAAGCAAUUCUAAGGCUGUCGUGCAUGUUCCACCCGGGGAAUUGGAGAUACAAGGAAUGGAUGAGCUGAGUUCUGUUGCUAGAGAGAUGGUUAGGUUGAUAGAGACUGCCACGGCACCCAUAUUUGCAGUGGAUGUUGAAGGGCGGAUAAAUGGGUGGAAUGCUAAAGUUGCGGAGUUGGUUGGGUUGUCUGUUGAAGAGGUCAUGGGGAGGUCAUUGAUUCAUGAUCUUGUUCAUAAGGAAUCACAAGAAGCUGCCGAGAAGCUUCUGUUUAAUGCACUAAGAGGUGAAGAAGACAAGAAUGUAGAGAUAAAGAUGAGAACGUUUGGCAGUGAGCAAGAUAAGAAGGCUCUUUUUGUAGUGGUCAAUGCAUGUUCCAGCAAGGAUUACACAAACAAUAUCGUUGGUGUCUGCUUUGUUGGUCAAGAUGUCACCGGACAGAAAGUUGUAAUGGACAAGUUCAUUCACAUCCAAGGAGAUUACAAGGCUAUUGUACACAGUCCCAACCCUCUGAUCCCUCCCAUAUUUGCUUCAGAUGAGAACACAUUAUGCUCCGAGUGGAACACUGCCAUGGAGAAGCUUACCGGUUGGAGCAGGGGGGAAAUGAUGGGCAAGUUGCUGGUCGGUGAGGUUUUUGGAAGCUGUUGUAGGCUGAGGGGACCAGAUGCCAUGACCAAAUUUAUGAUCGUGUUGCAUAACGCAAUUGGAGGACAAGACACGGAUAGGUUUCCAUUUUCCUUUUUUGACAGAAACGGGAAAUACAUACAAGCUCUCCUGACAGCGAAUAAGAGAACCAAUAUCGACGGUCAGAUUGUUGGGGCCUUCUGUUUCUUGCAGAUUGCCAGUCCUGAAUUGCAGCAAGCUCUCAAUGUCCAGAGGGAACAGGAAAAGAAGUCUUUUUCAAGGAUGAAAGAAUUGGCUUACAUCUGUCAGGAAAUAAUAAACCCACUGAACGGAAUACGCUUCACAAAUUCACUACUGGAGGGAACACAGUUGACAGAAGAUCAAAAACAGUUUUUGGAGACUAGUGCUGCUUGUGAGAAACAAAUGUUGAAGAUCAUAAGGGAUGUUGAUAUGGAAAACAUUGAAGAAGGUUCGCUUGAGCUGGAGAAGGGAGAUUUUUAUCUUGGGAGGGUAAUAGAUGCUGUUGUUAGCCAAGUGAUGUCCUUUCUGAGAGAAAGAGGACUGCAGCUAAUCCGUGAUAUUCCAGAAGAAAUUAAGACACUGGCACUGAAUGGGGAUCAAGUGAGAAUUCAGCAGGUGCUGGCAGAUUUUUUACUAAACAUGGCACGCCAUGCCCCAUUCCCAGGAGGCUGGGUAGAAAUCCAAGUCCGCCCAAGUUUUCUGCAAAGUUCUGACUCCACAAACAAUGUUCGUAUUGAAUUCAGGAUCACGUGUCCAGGCGAAGGUCUUCCUCCUGAGCUGGUGCAAGACAUGUUCCACAGCAGCCGUUGGGUGACUCAAGAAGGGUUAGGGCUGAGCAUGAGCCGGAAAGUAUUAAAGGCCAUGGAUGGAGAAGUACAAUAUAUCAGAGAGUCCGAAAGAUGUUAUUUCCUCGUCGUCUUUGAGCUUCCCACACCCAAGAGAGGUUCCAAGAGUAUUGUUGGCUAAUCACACUAUGAUACCUUUGGGAAUUCUUUGAGGAAUAUUUGGAACCAAAAGGGGGCCGGAUUUUCCCCAACCAAGAGUUCCCCACCUGGCCCCUCCUCCCUCCAGGUGAGCUAAUCACACUAAUCAAAAAACUUGAUAUUUGCCUCUUUGGGUUAUAACUUCCAACCCAAGACAUGGAUAUUUCUGGUCUGAGCAUUGUUUUUGUAUUCAAAAACUCAUCUUUGGCCUCCCCAAUUCUCUGAUCGGAUCCAUGUCGGAACAAAAAAGAACGAAGAGUAAUCCAUCCAAUGUGCCGAAUUCUAGUAGUAGGCGUGCGAGGGGGGUGGCGCAUUCUGAUUCAGACAGAUGGCCGUUGGUUCGUGUUUCUUCUCUUCUUUAUGUAUGUAUUUCUAUUCAUGGAUUGGUCAUAUUUCUAUUUCUGUAUGAAUUCUUGUUUUAAAGUGUAUGCUAUGAGAUCCAAUGAACAAGUAUAUGGGAGCUUAGCUUGACUUGAUAUUUCAGUUUACAAAUGUAAAAUCUGGGGUUAGUUUUGACUUUU